GGCAUUCACUCGAGAAUGAAUAGAGUUCGUGAGAGAGCUCUCUGAAACUUUCCGGAGAAGUGUUGCCUGACCGCUGAGAAGCCGACAGAGGGAGGACGAGGACGAGUUUCUGGAGCGCGCACUAGUCUCCGUGAGCGAGUCCGUGGAUGAGUUCCGGGAGAAGAAGAAGUUUCCGAGAACGUGUUCCGAAAUUGAAGAUUUCCGAUCUGAGUCAAGAUCCGCUAAGACAUCACAUCACACAUUCCUUCUGUUAAUCACAAUGCCGUCGCGACAUACUAGGCUUUGGGGUGGACGACCGUGGGGAUUUUCGUCGAGUGCUGGACCAAGUAACAAUCCGUAUGGGAAUAAUGAUGGUAGUUAUGACGAUUCUGUGAUUCCGUCGGAACAUGUGUGGCGAAUGUUGGAAUGGUCUGAAUCAGAGUCUUUCAUGGCUACGAGUCCGUCAGUGACUUCGGUUGAAUCUAUUCCUACGAGGGAGAUGGAAGGAUCGGAUAAUUUCGUCGAGAUUGACCCGUCGAAAGAUCUUGAUGAGUUUGAGGAUGACGAUGUCGAGACUAGUGCAGAGUUUGACGAAGUCGUGCCUUUGGUUGCUUUGGGAGGAAAUUUCGAGAAUGUUCCGAUCACUGACUUUGUUGUGCUUUCCGAUGAUUCUGAUGGUGGUUCUUCGGAAGAGUCUGAAGAGCAGAUGGCAACUGGUUAUCUCUUUGGAGAUAGUGACAUUGAUGAGCCUAUGUGGGAAGGCCCAGAUGGAGUUCUGUAUGAGUUUAACUCUGAUGAUUCGUGGCAGCCAGGAGUUCACGCGAAUCUGUACUAUUAUCCUUCGACGCCAGAUAGCUUAUUGACGUUGGAUUCGUUCAGCUCAAUGUCCUUGGGGACAGACUUUGGUGUUUCUGAUGCGCCUUUGGAAGGUAAUGCCUCGCGCGAUUCUGACUGUGUUGUGUUUAGACCGACAGAAUAUGGGAUUCCUAGGAAAGCGCUGGCUUCCAACAUUGUGUCGCCCGAUGUCGAAUUUGCUACACCACCUAGUCCGCCAACUCCGAACUUUGUUGAGAUCUUGUCGGAUAAUGAGUUAUCUGAUGCGGAUGAGUUGGAUGGAGUGCCAUUUUCCAACUGUAUGAAGAGCGAAAUGCCGAGCGAAAUGCCGAAGAUGUCUAUUUCGCCAAGGAGAUUUGCGAGUAGGACUUGGUAUGAUGGGCAUGAUGGAGCUAACAGAGCCGGGAGUGUUGUUCCUCCGGAUGAGUCGCUUCGUGAGCCGGUGACUUUGGGAUCUAGUUCCAUGGCUACGAUGAUUGAGAACAUGAUUGAUACGGGUACCCUUGGUAUUGAAUUGAUCCGACCACUCGAAGGCAUGCCUGUUUGGAAUGAAAGAAUAAAGAGAUCCGCGGAUGGAACCGUUGUGACUGAGAUGGAGCGUGAGGAUGGACGUAGGUCCGAACCUUAUAGUGUGACGCUGUUUUGCUUCACUUGCGGCCAAGAUGGUCAUUACCCGAGGGCUUGUCAUUAUCAUCCUUAUGCUCGCCCGUACGUGAUCUGUUAUGGGUGUGGUGAUGAAGGUCACUAUGCGACCGUGUAUCCUAGGAAGCGUCCAGAGAAUCCCGGUCCGUCAAGCCCAAGCCCGAGUACGUCUGCGAAGAAGAAGAAGAAAAACCUUAGUAUUAACUAGGAUUACCCUAAACCUUCAAACCGUUGGGUUCCGGCGAGAUCCAAGUGUUGAAUCUUCGAGAGAUUUAAACUUAAGUGUGUGAUUGAUCAUGAGGUUAUGGUCGAAACACAGAGUUAAACAUGUCAGAAUUAAGAUUCAUUCAAGACAAAGAAGAAAGUCUUGAAUUUUCA